AUGUACCCAAGGGUCAUCCUAAAGGAAACACUGUACAAGAAAUCACAGCAGAAGAGAAGAACUUCGCCGUGCAAUUACAAAGAGAGGAUUUUCAUGUUAAACACACAGGAUCUGACAUACUUUGAACAUCGUCCUGGGAAAAAGCCAACUCAGAAAGGCUGCAUCGAACUGUCUCAUAUCAAGUGUGUGGAGAUCGUUCGCAGUGAUGCUCCCAUUCCCUGUGAUUACAAGUACCCUUUCCAGGUCGCCCAUGACAGAUACUAUCUGUAUGUGUUUGCUCCAGACAACGACUGUAGGUUAAAAUGGGUCAGAGCUCUGAAAGAAGCGACACAAAAUAACAACUUAUUUCUGAAGUACCAUCCUGACUUCUGGGGAGAAGGGAAAUGGAGAUGUUGUCAUCAGACCGAGAAGCUGGCGACGGGAUGCAGUGAAUACUAUCCCAAUGGAGCCAAACCUCUUCCCCCAACUCCAGAUCCAAUGCGCCGAUCUUCAGAUCCAGAGGAGAGGAUUGUUGUGGCUUUGAGGAAUUUCAGCCCUGUAGAAGAUACAGAUCUGCCUCUGCAUAAAGAUAAAGAGUAUUUUGUCGUUGACAGUUCAGAACCAAACUGGUGGACCGUGAGGGACAAAGACGGAAAUGUUGGCACGGUGCCAUGCAUAUAUAUUGCAGAAAAAUUAUCAAACAACAUUGAGAAAUUUGAAUGGUACAAUAAGGACAUAACUCGGACCGAGGCAGAGAGCUUACUAAUGAGAGAGAACAAGGACGGGGGUUUCAUCGUCCGUGACUCUAAACAGCAAGGUGUUUAUACCGUGUCAAUAUGUUCCAGAGUUGCAGGGACUGAUGGAGAGAAGUAUCCCCUAGUUAAGCACUACCAGAUCAAAGUACAAAGAGAAGAUGAAAAGGUCAUGUAUUACUUAGCUGAGAAAUACGUGUUCUCGACCAUUCCAGAGCUCAUCCGCUAUCAUCAACACAAUCCGGCAGGUUUAAUAACCAGAUUGAGGCAUUGUGUGACUAGAAAUGUCACAAAUUCAAGGAUCAAGGAGUUGUCAUCAGAUAAAUGGGAGAUUCACCCUGAUGAACUGAUAUUAAGCGAGGAACUGGGCAGCGGGCAGUUUGGCUUGGUCUGGAAGGGAAGCUGGAAUGACCGGCAGGUGGCAGUUAAGACUGUCCGAGAGGGAUUCAUGUCAGAGGAGGAAUUUAAAGAGGAAGCACAAGUGAUGAUGAAACUGUCCCACAAUAAGCUGGUCCAGUUGUAUGGUGUGGUCACUCAGCGCUCGCCCAUCUAUCUGGUGUUUGAAUUCAUGGAGAACGGCUGCCUGACAGACUUCUUGCGUGCCAGAAAAGGCAGUUUCUCCCAGGAGGUCCUGCUGGGGAUGUGUUUGGAUGUGAGUGAGGGGAUGGCCUACCUGGAGAGCUCCAACUUCAUCCACAGAGACUUGGCUGCAAGAAAUUGUUUGGUUUCUGAAGAUAAUGUGGUGAAGAUAUCAGAUUUUGGAAUGACAAGGUUUGUCCUAGAUGAUCAAUACACCAGUUCUUUUGGGUCCAAAUUUCCAGUGAGAUGGUCCUCUCCAGAGGUGAUCAAAUUCCAGAAGUACAGCAGCAAAUCAGACGUGUGGUCUUUUGGUGUGCUCAUGUGGGAGGUGUACAGUGAGGGCCGUUUGCCUUAUGAUAACCGUGGUAAUGCAGAGGUAGUGGAGGCCCUAAAUGCAGGACUACGGCUCCUGAGACCCCGUCUCUGUCCACAGAGUGUGUACGAGUUAAUGCAGUGGAGCUGGAAAGAGAAACCUGAAGAUCGACCCUCGUUUGCUCUGCUCCUACAUGAACUGGCCUGCCUUGAACAAGAACCUUAAUCCUGAUCACACCCUUCCCUGUACUGGCUUAUAGGGAUAGUUUUUUUUUUUUAAAGGACAUUUUGUCAUCAUUUAAUAACUGUCAU